GCAUCAUAGACGCUCUAAACUCUCAAGUGUACGAGAGAGAAAGGUUAAUGAUAACAAACAGCAUACAUAGAGAUAAGAGAGAGAGUUGCUCCAAAAAAAAAGAGAUAGAGAGAGACCCAAGAAAAAGCUUUCAUCAUUUAACAUAGAGAACGUUGAAGAGUCUAACAAAAAGUUUUGAAAGCUUUUGAUGCAGAAAGCUUGAUUAAAAGAACUUUUCUCCCCCUAUAUAUCUUCUCUUUCUCUUUUUUUUUUGUUCAAAUAUCUUCUCUUUCUCUCUCUUUAUUAGUCCUUCCUCUUCUUUGUAAAGCUGAACCUCCCACUAUCUUCAAAUUUUCUUCUUCUUUUGUCUCUAGGUCUCGUUGUUUCAUCAAAUCAAUCUCUAGAAAUCCAAAAUACAAUAAAGUCAAAAAGAUAGAAGAAAAAAGUAGUCAUUGAUGAGAACAGAUCAAAGAGCAGUAGUCAUGUUGAAUGCUGCUUCCAACAAGGAUCAUGAUCCUCUCCUCUCUUCUUCUGAAAAUGGGGUCACCAUCACAGACACAUCCACUCAGAAGAGGAAAAGAAGACCUGCAGGUACACCAGAUCCAGAUGCAGAGGUUGUGUCUUUAUCACCAAGAACACUUCUUGAAUCAGACAGAUACAUAUGUGAGAUAUGUAACCAAGGGUUUCAAAGAGAUCAAAAUCUCCAGAUGCAUCGAAGACGUCACAAGGUUCCAUGGAAGCUUCUUAAAAGAGACAACAACAUAGAGGUGAAGAAGCGAGUGUAUGUUUGCCCUGAACCCACUUGUCUUCACCACGAUCCUUGUCAUGCUCUUGGAGAUCUUGUUGGAAUAAAAAAACAUUUCAGAAGAAAACACAGUAACAAUAAGCAAUGGGUUUGUGAGAGAUGCUCUAAAGGUUAUGCUGUUCAAUCAGAUUACAAAGCUCAUCUCAAAACUUGUGGCACUAGAGGCCAUUCUUGUGACUGUGGUCGCGUCUUCUCCAGGGUGGAGAGUUUUAUUGAACAUCAAGAUAACUGCUCCGUACGAAAAGUUCACCGUGAACCUCCGCCACCGCCACAAACUACGGUGACUGUCCCGGCUUGCUCCUCUAGAACCGCCUCAACCGCAAGCACUCCAUCUACCGAAACUAAUUACGGCGGUGCGGUUGCGACUCCUUUACCUCUAGAAGGGCGUCCAAUUCCUAUAAGAAACAAUGUCAACCUCGAACUCCAGCUUCUUCCAUUAACGCAAAAUCAAAACCCUAAUCAAGAAAACCAACAACACAAAGUUAAAGAACCAUCUCAUCAUCGUAAUCAUCACGAUACCACAAACUUAAACCUCUCCAUUGCACCAUCAGCAUUUUAUUACCAAUACAACAACUUUGAUCGUAUAAAAGAAAUAAUGGCAAGUGAACAGAUAAUGAAGAUAGCGAUGAAGGAGAAAGUUUACGCAGAGGAAGCUAAAAGAGAAGCGAAGAGGCAACGAGAGAUAGCAGAAAAUGAGUUUGUGAAUGCUAAGAAGAUAAGGCAACAAGCACAAGCUGAGCUUGAGAGAGCUAAGCUCUUAAAGGAACAAUCUAUGAAGAAGAUAAGCUCCACGAUUAUGCAAGUUACUUGUCAAACUUGUAAAGGACAGUUUCAAGCGGUUGCGGUUCCUGCGGCGGCUACCGCGGAUGAGACAUCUCUUGUGGUGAGUUACAUGUCGUCAGCGAAUACUGAUGGAGAGGGAUCAUAGACUUUGAAAAGGGUUUAUUUAAAAAAAAAAGAAACUAAGAUAAAUGAAAAAUUUUAUCCGAUUGUUUUGUGUAUUAAUUACAUUGUCUAAUUUUUUUCCUCUUUGUAUUACCAUAUUAUUGUAUGUGAUUGGGUAACUAUUGUAAUUGUGAAUUUAUCAGUUAUAUUAAAACUUCUUGUAAAUAUUUGGUCCAACGUACAGUAUUAAGACUAAAAGUGUGG